AUGGAAGAAAAGUUAAAUGAAAUGGAACAAGCUGGUAUCAUCACAAGGACAUCAACACCUUACAGUAGUCCAUUGACAUUCACUCUUAAAAAAGACGGCUCAAUUAGAGUUCUGCUUGAUGCCAGAAGCAUAAAUAAGAAAAUGGUUGCAGAAACAGAGAAACCACCUAUACAAUUAGAUGUAUUGAAUUCAUUUCACGGAGCGAAUUAUAUCACUACCAUUGACUUAAAUAAUGCAUAUUUUCAAAUUCCGAUAAAUAAAGAUGGUAGAAAAUAUACUGGAUUCACAUUCAAUGGAAAGUCAUAUGUAUAUAAUGUUUUGCCGCAAGGAUUAAAAACAUCAGUAGGAAGCUUUAGCAGAGCCAUGAAUUUAAUAUUAGGACCAGAAGUCCAAGAAUUUUGUGUGAACUAUUUAAAUGAUCUAGCCAUUAUUACAACAGGAACGUUAGAUAAACAUUUGGAGCACAUUGGUAUUGUUUUAAGUAAAUUGAACAAAGCUGGCUUAACGUGUAACUUGCAGAAAUGUGAAUUUAUUUGUAAAGAAAUUAAAAUGCUGGGUUUUAUAAUUUCAACAGAAGGCAUAAAGACAGAUCCCGAUAAGAUUCGAGCGAUCCAAGAGUUUCCAGCACCUAAAAAGAUUAAACAAUUAAGGGCCUUUUUAGGUCUAUGCAAUUUUUAUAGAAGGUUUAUACCAAAUUACAGCGAGAGCAUAAUACCGCUCUGUGAAUUACUUAAAAAGGGACGAAAGUUCCAAUGGAGCGGUAAAGAACAGAAGGCAUUUGAUUUUAUAAAACAACAAUUUAUUAAUACAAUACAAUUGCAUCAUCCAGACUUUAAUAAGCCGUAUUAUUUACAAACAGAUUGUUCCGGUGUGGGUAUGGCCGGAGUACUAUAUCAGAUAGAUGAUAAUAAUGAAAUGAGAAUUUUAGGCUAUCAUAGUAAAGCCUUAAAAGGCCCCGAAUUAAAUUGGUCUGUUACUGAACAAGAGUUUUAUGCUGUAAUAAGCUGCCUAAAGAAAUUUGAAACAUAUUUGCGGGGCAGUAAAGUAAUAAUACUAACUGCUAACUUAUUCAAUGGUAGAGUAACCCGAUGGAUUUUGUAUAUAGAACAAUUUAAUUAUGAAGUACAGCAUAUAUCAGGUAGACGUAAUAUUGUUGCAGAUGUGCUAUCACGUUAUCCUCCUGAUGGCGAUUUAAUACAAGAGGAUAAAAAUAAUAGUUUAGAAAUUGCUUACACAGAGAGCGAACCGAAUAUUGAGUUGAUAGAAAAAUUAAAAUCCUUAACAGUAUAUCAAUUACAAGAUUCAGAGUCGUUGGCUAUUAUUGAAAAGUUAAAGACAUUAAAUACUUCCAUAAUAAAACAAAACAAUAAAUUUAAAAGAUAUAGUUUGAAAAAUGAUGUAUUAUAUUACAAAACGAAUUUACAAGAAGUAAUAUAUUUACCUAAAGCAUUGAGACAAGAUAUUAUAAAUCAAGUGCAUGUCGAAAUGGGUCAUCAAGGACCCUAUAAGGUAAUUAAAUAUGUGAGAGACAGAUUCUUUUGGAAAGGCUUAACAAAAGAUAUUAAAAACCAAUUAAGGGCUUGUCAUUUAUGUCAGUUAUCUAAGAAAAGCAAUAUAACAUAUGUGGGUCCCUGCAAAUCUAUAAUAACAGAAAACAUUGGCGAUAUAGUCAUGGCAGACUUAUAUGGACCACUUGUAUCAGGUACCUUUAUCAAAUUAUAUCCUUUAAAACAGUCAACAGCAAAGUCUGUUGUAACAAAAGUAAAGCAUUUUGUUGAGAUUAUAAAGCCCAAGGCAAUAAUGACAGAUAAUGGAAAACAGUUCGUAAGUAAUCACUGGAAACAAUCAAUGAGUGAAUUAAAUAUAAAGCCAAUAUAUACCACAGUUAGAAAUCCUAGACCAAAUACAACAGAGCGAGUAAAUAAAGAGUUGAGCAGAUUAUUUAGGACGCUUUGUCAUACUAACCACAAAGAUUGGGCGUUAAUAUUGCCGAAAUUAGAAGAAUUGUAUAAUAAUUCUUAUCACAAUAGUACAGGCUUCACGCCUUGUGAGAUUCUUUAUGGUGAGUCUAAUGAGAUGUCUUUUGACAAAGUAAUUUCCAAAAGUAAAGACAAACAUAAUGUAGAACAAAUUAGACAACAAGUGCGUAAAAAUUUAAAAGAGGCAAGUCGAAUAAGAAACACAAAAUUUGAUAAGCGAAAUAGAUUAAUAAAAUAUAAUAUUGGUGACUUAGUAAAAAUUUCAAGAUCUAGUAGAUCAGACGCUGAUAAUAAAGUUAUGAGUAAGUUCAAUUUGGCAUAUGAAGGACCUUAUGUAAUAGCAGCCGUACCAUUUGACAAUGUAUAUACCUUAGCAAAUCCAGAGACAAACGAAAUUAGAGGAAUUUUCAGUGCUAUUCACUUAUUAAAAUAUUUUAAAUAA